CCGGGGGCGGCAGGGGCUGUGCUCUCGCAGUUUAGCGCUGUGUCCUGAGGACUCCUGGCAGCCGGCCGGCCGUGCAGGCUGCUCCUCGCUCCGCCAGAGGCAGAGGCAGCGUGCUCCUGGCCAGCCGCUCCAUCUCUCCCGGAGCGGAGCCGGCCACCUGGAGCUGUGACAGGAGCCCAGGGCCCGCGGCGUCUGGAGGAAGGACAGCAGACGCAGGCCCUUGAGGUGUGCAGGCCUUAGGAUAACCGGGGAACUCGGGAAAGCAGCUCGGGAAGAAAGACCCAGACAAAGUUUCCAGAUUGUUUGAACUUCUCUGGCCGCACCGCGCGGGCAGGAAGGCGGCGGCCCGAGGACCCGCGGCGGGCGCCUGCAGCAUGGGCCGGCUGGCCGGGCUGCUCUGCGUUUUCUGGGGAGCGUUCCUCGCAGCAAGAGCAAACUCCGCGCACGGGAAGAACAAUGUGCCGAGGCUGAAAUUAUCCUACAAAGAGAUGCUGCAGUCCAGCAGCGUGAUCUCGUUCCACGGCUUGGCGAACAGCUCGAGCUACGACACGCUCCUGCUGGACGAGGAGCGAGGCCGGCUGUACGUCGGGGCGAAGGACCACAUCUUCUCCUUCAGUCUGGUUACUAUCAAGGAUUUCCAGAAGAUCGUGUGGCCCGUGUCUUACACCAGAAGAGAUGAGUGCAAGUGGGCUGGGAAAGACAUCCUGAAAGAAUGCGCUAAUUUCAUCAAGCUGCUGAAAGCCUACAAUCAGACUCACCUGUACGCCUGCGGGACCGGGGCCUUCCACCCGAUUUGCACCUAUGUUGAAGUUGGACACCAUCCUGAGGACAACAUUUUUAAACUGGAGGACUCACAUUUUGAAAACGGCCGAGGGAAGAGUCCGUACGACCCCAAAGUGCUGACGGCGUCUCUUCUGAUAGACGGAGAGCUGUACUCGGGCACCGCCGCAGACUUCAUGGGGCGAGACUUCGCCAUCUUCCGGACCCUCGGGCACCACCACCCCAUCAGGACGGAGCAGCACGACUCGCGCUGGCUCAACGAUCCCAGGUUUGUCGGUGCCCACCUCAUCCCGGAGAGUGACAACCCAGAAGAUGACAAAGUCUACUUUUUCUUCCGUGAAAAUGCAAUAGAUGGGGAACAUUCUGGAAAAGCUACUCAUGCUAGAAUAGGUCAGAUAUGCAAGAAUGACUUCGGGGGACACCGCAGCUUGGUGAAUAAGUGGACUACGUUCCUCAAAGCGCGGCUGGUGUGCUCCGUGCCGGGGCCCAAUGGCAUCGACACCCACUUCGACGAGCUGCAGGACGUGUUCCUGAUGAAUUCCAAAGACCCUAAAAAUCCAGUCGUCUAUGGCGUGUUCACCACCUCCAGUAACAUCUUCAAGGGCUCUGCCGUGUGCGUGUACAGCAUGAGCGAUGUGCGGAGAGUGUUCCUGGGUCCCUACGCACACAGGGAUGGACCCAACUACCAGUGGGUGCCCUACCAGGGCAGGGUCCCCUACCCACGGCCCGGAACUUGCCCCAGUAAAACGUUCGGCGGGUUCGACUCCACCAAGGACCUGCCCGAUGACGUCAUCACGUUUGCACGCAGCCACCCGGCCAUGUACAACCCGGUGUUUCCCAUGAACAACCGCCCGAUAAUGAUCAAGACAGACGUGAAUUACCAAUUCACGCAAAUUGUAGUAGACCGAGUGGAUGCAGAGGACGGCCAGUACGAUGUCAUGUUUAUUGGAACAGAUGUCGGGACUGUCCUGAAAGUGGUCUCUAUUCCGAAGGAGACCUGGCAUGAUUUAGAAGAAGUUCUGCUGGAAGAGAUGACAGUUUUUCGGGAACCAACGACGAUUUCAGCAAUGGAGCUAUCCCCUAAGCAGCAACAACUCUACGUCGGCUCGGCCUCUGGGGUGGCCCAGCUGCCCCUGCACCGCUGUGACAUCUACGGCAAAGCCUGCGCAGAGUGCUGCCUGGCCAGGGACCCCUACUGUGCCUGGGACGGAGCCUCCUGCUCGCGCUACUUCCCCACAGCCAAGAGACGCACAAGACGACAGGACAUCAGGAAUGGAGAUCCGCUGACGCACUGCUCAGACUUACAGCACCACGAUACUCCACACGGGCACAGCCUGGAGGAGAGGCUCAUCUACGGGGUAGAAAACAGCAGCACCUUCCUGGAGUGCAGCCCCAAGUCCCAGCGCGCGCUGGUGUACUGGCAGUUCCAAAGGCGAAAUGAGGAACGGAAAGAAGAGAUCAGAGUGGACGACCACAUCAUCAGGACAGAGCAAGGCCUGCUGCUGCGCAGCCUGCAGCGCAAGGACUCGGGCACCUACCUGUGCCACGCCGUGGAACACGGGUUCAUGCAGACCCUCCUCAAGGUGACGCUACAGGUCAUCGACGCGGAGCACCUGGAGGAACUUUUGCACAGGGAUGAGGACGGGGAGGGCACCAAGGCCAAAGAGCUGGCCGGCAGCAUGACCCCGAGCCAGAAGGUAUGGUACAGGGACUUCAUGCAGCUCAUCAACCACCCCAACCUGAACACCAUGGAUGAGUUCUGCGAGCAAGUUUGGAAAAGGGACCGGAAGCAGCGCCGGCAAAGGCCAGGCCACACUCAAGGGAACAGCAACAAGUGGAAGCACUUGCAGGAAAACAAGAAAGGGAGGAACCGGAGGACCCACGAAUUUGAGAGGGCACCCAGGAGUGUCUGAACUGCGUUACCUCUAGAAACCUUAAAGGAGUAUCAACUUGCCUAGACAAUAACUGGAAAAAUGCAAUAUACAGGAACUCUUUCCAUGGCAUUAUGUGGGUGUUUACAAUGGUGAAGAAUUCAGCGGAGUUCCACCAACUAUAAAUUAAGUACCUGAGCAACUUUCCUAGCAGGAUUUCUUCUUAAUAGCAACACCUAAGAGAGGUCUCGGAUGGGCACGGAUGUUCACCGUAUAAGACUGUGUUUCCUAUGAGAAUCCAUUGUACAAGUUCCACCUCCCUUUGCCUGAGAAAUAAAAAAAAAAGAAAAAAAGAAAAAAAGUCACUUACCAUAUCACCAUCUACUGGAGAAAAACUGGUCUGCAAAGCCAUUGUAUUGAACUAGAAAUGUAAAGUAAGCUGCAUGGAUUUACUGAGCUGACGAAUAUUCCAAAACACGGUUGAAUGCGAAGAUGUUUCUUUUGUCUACCAGCACCCAUGUUCGUGUGGACUGGAGGAGGAAAACGAGGAAAGCGGUACUGAGUGACAUGGUUUGUGAAAUGAAAACGUAUCACUCACCGGCGUGAGAGGCGGAUGGGACACACUGCUCUACUACUGAUGUCUUCUUUCAGCUUUGCCCUAAAGAUGUAUUUUAUUAAAACUAUAAUUUAAAUGUACCAUGACAAAUAUGCAGUAAAAAUUAGCUGUUUUCUAAGCUAGAGUAGCUUUCUUUGUCUUACAAUUACUGUGCUAUAUCAUUGGUUUUAAAAAUUCCAAUUGUGUGCUGCUUCAAUUGACAAUUUGUUUUCAGUUCUGUAGGAAGGAAAGCUGGUAUUGUUCUAGAGACACAGAUGCUAUUAACCAUUAAUUCCUAAAAUCAAGAUAUAAAUUAUGCUUUAUUUUUCUGAGGAAAUCAAACAACUGUAAGCUAGCAGGUCCUUUUCUUUAAGUAUUACCUAAAUUAAUUUUAACUAGCAUAAUGUUCUUAGAAAAGCAAUAUAACCAGCAAGAAAAGGGAAGCAAGUGAUUUCUUAAAUGCAUUUUAGUCUAUCUAAAGGAUCAAAGGAAAGAAAAUGAAUUGUGUAUCUCGCAAAAGCAGAAUAUGUGUCAUGUGCACGUAGUUAAUAGAAAAUGUCUCCUAAUCCUGUGCUUGCAGCGUGAUGUGUGAGGCACAAAAGCCCUCUUUGGAGUCCACUCAGAAUCAAAGGGAUCACUUAACGGUCUUAGAAAAGGCAGAGAAAUCUGCACAAGGCAGAGCAAAUCUUAGGGGCAGAUUUCCCAACUGCUGAUUUUUGAGUUGGCUCCUCUCAUCACACCUUGCUGAAGAAAAUAAUCCACAUGAAGCCGCAAUUCUUUCCACGUCAGUGGGCCUGGCUUUCUAUACACCAGCUUCCAAGAAAGGACCCAAACUUCAAAACUGUAAAGCUCUUUGUUUGUUGCCACAACUUUCAAAAUCAGGUAAAAGGUUUCUCACCAAGAGUUUGCCUCUGCUGGCCUGAGGAGGUCAUCUGAGCGUCUUAGGCAGGAAGCUGCAGAGGUGUCAGCGCUCUGUCCGGGUCUGCAGCCUGCGCGCUGCGUCAGGAGCCUUCACCGCCUGGGUCCUUUACUCGGCACAAAACAGCCAAGAAGACAGCUUCCUGCUGGCUGUCAUUAAAGGAGUGACAUUGAAAUUUAACUCCAGUUGUCUUGGGACUCCAAUUAACUCAGCAUAAAUUUCUCACCUCAGGCAACAGCGAACUCCUGUUCCCCAUAAGAUUAGCUGUUUCCCAAAUGGAAACUCACAUCGCAGCUUUAAUGAUUAUUUGAAUAAGCAACUUGUUGACAUUUGUUUCAGAUAAAAGCCUAAAAAUUAUCCACAGCUAAUUGUAGGCACCCUUGUCUAAGAUGAUGCUUGUUUUGGACAUACUUUUUCAGGGGGAAGUUGAACUGUUAAGCAAUUUGAAGAGCACAAUCCUGUCCAGAAAAUAAUGUUUAGAAUGUAAAUCAAAGGUGCAAGUGUGCUCCAAAAAUAGCCCAUUUUCCUACUAUAGUACAGUGUCUGAACUGUGUUGAAAUUCAGUGUUGCAUUUCAUUCUAAAUUUGCAGCUGAAACAAAUUUAUUUGGAAAAGCAAAAGUAUUUUUUUCUUUCUGGUCCUUAAAAAUGAAAGGAUUGGAAGGAAUAGAGAUUGUAUGAUAACCUCAUAGCUACUUUCCACAAUUUGAAAGCAUUUUGUUUAGCCUCAUAAAAUAUAAAUAGAAAAAGUCUAGACUUUCAUUCAAAGUAUCAAAAGCCAACAAGUUACUGCCAUGUUUUCAAAAAACCGUGAAGUCUAGGGUUUUGGAAAAAGUAUAGAUGUAAUGUGUGGGUAGCUGAAUUCUAUCACAGGCCCAGUCUCCUGCCCAUGUGUACUGAGGGGGGCAGUUCACAUGAAAAUGGAGUUCUUGCCCCACUUAAUAAUUCGGCUCUAACGGCUGCUGGCAUAUGCAUGUAUCACCAGAGGUAAAACUUGGAUAAGAGACUCGCCCGACAUUCAGCAAAUCAUGACAGCAGCCUUAAGGAUGAAAAGACGCAUAGCAUAAGGGAGCCACGGCCCCGUGCAAACCAAGUGUAAGCGCACGUAAAUGCACACUGACUGCUUCCUUUAAUGAAUUACUGAGUGAUUUUUAAUGUGAUGUGCUUAAUAUUUUUGCUACCUACACAUUAGGCAAAAGAGAUGUGAGUAGUUUUGAGCAGAGAGGAAGAACAGUGUAAAAUACAAGUUUCUGUAGGUGCUCCCUGCAGCGUGCCCAACAGCACCCCGAACCGCAGGCCAGCUCCGCAGGCGCAGGGAGUUGGUGUGCUCUCUCUGGCUGGCUGGCGUGUGGCCAUUCGGUGAGCAUGUGUUUCACCAGGAAGUGAAUAUGUUCCAUAGCUAUAUCUAUCUAUCAUUGCAUUUCAGACGGGAACUAAAAACUGGAGAGUCAAAUGUAAUGAAACUGCUGCUGUAAAUUAUUCCCUUUAGCAUGUACUCAGUCGCUAAAUACACACUUCUUCAAAA